UGACUCCAGGAGGGAGGUUGUAUAAAUACCUGAACAGCCAAAGGAAAAGAGACAUGUCAAAUAUUUCAGGACAGCAAACAUGUUGGUCAAACUAAUUCUCGUCUCCGUCAGUAUUCUCCUACUCUCGCACCACGCGCUGGCAGGAUACCGUCGUGUGUGUUACCAUACCAACUGGUCCCAAUACCGACCAAAUCAGGGCAAAUUCAAGGUCAGCAACAUCGACCCCAGCCUCUGUACCCAUCUUAUCUACUCAUUCGCCCAGAUCACCAACAACCAGCUGGCUACCUACGAGUGGAAUGAUGAACAGUUAUACCAGGAAUUUAACGCCCUCAAACAACAGAACCCGAGUCUGAAAACUCUGCUGGCUGUGGGAGGAUGGAACCAGGCUAGUACACACUUCUCACCAAUGGUGUCGAAUCCAGCGUCCAGGGCGAAAUUCGUCUCGACCUCUGUUACCUUCCUCCGGAAAUACGGCUUCGAUGGCCUUGACCUGGACUGGGAGUAUCCGGGCAGCAGAGGAGGAAAAACCUCUGACAAGGCUAACUUCGGCCUUUUAUGUAAGGAGUUACGUCAGGCCUAUGAAGAUGAAGCAAAACAAACCGGAAAUAAGCGUCUCCUAGUAACAGCCGCUGUGGCUGCCGGGAAGUCCUACAUUGAUCCUGCUUACGAUGUUCCCGCAAUGGCCAUGUACUUGGACUUUAUCAGCAUCAUGACCUAUGACCUCCACGGUAGUUGGGAUGAUGUAACAGGCCACAACAGUCCGCUGUUUUCUCGGAAUUCCGAGACGGAGGAACAGAAACAACUAAACAUGGACUGGGCGUCCAACUACUGGAGAGAGCUAGGAGCUCCAAAGGAAAAACUCAACAUAGGUCUGGCAUCUUACGGGCGAGGCUUCACACUGAAGGAUGAGGCUGACCAUUGUAUGGGGGCACCAGUCAGCGGUCCGAGCCCGGCUGGGACUUACACACGGGAGGCGGGAUACCUGUCUUACUACGAAAUCUGUACAAUGAUGGCCUCUGGGGGAAAUACAUACCGUGAUAGCCAACAUCUCGUACCUGUCUACGUCAACGGCAAGACAUGGAUCGGUUAUGACGAUGAAAAGAGCCUUUCCCUAAAGGUGGCGUGGCUGGUACAGGAAGGUUAUGGCGGCGCCAUGGUAUGGGCACUUCCUCUGGAUGACUUCAACCGGGUCUGUGCCACGUCUAGCAGGAAGUUCCCAUUGACUAACAAAAUUAAAGACGAACUUAUUGCUGCUGAGAGCGGUAUCAUUCCAACAACUGUUGCCCCGGUAACUACAGUGUUGUCAACAACUGUUGCCCCAUUAACCACAGUGGCACCUACAACAGUACCGGUCUCUACGACAGGUCCCGUAACUACGGAAGUUGUUUUUACAGAUCUGUGCCGUGAUAAGGAUGAUGGAUAUUACCAAGACACAGCCCUUUGUGGUCGCUACUUCCGGUGUGUCGGUGGCCAGGAAUUCCGCGACGCCCAGUGGUGUGCAGUUACCACUGUGGCCCCUGUAACGAUAGGCCCGGUCACCACGACACCACCAGUAACAGUGGGUCCCACUGCGGCACCCGGAGAAUUCUGUGAUAACCAUCCAGCCGGAGAUUAUUCACACCCAACCGAUUGUUCCAAGUUCAUUCAAUGUGCCAACGGAAACACCUACGUACUGUCAUGUUCCGCGGGAACCCUGUAUGAUGGGGACAAGAACACCUGUGUCUGGGCUCACGAGGCCAAUUUACCUGAACAGCCAAAGGAAAAGGGUCAUGUCAAAUAUCUCAGGACAGCAAACAUGUUGGUCAAACUACUUCUCGUCUCUGUCAGUAUUCUCCUCCUCUCGCACCACGCCCUGGCAGGAUACCGUCGUGUGUGUUACCAUACCAACUGGUCACAAUACCGACCAAAUCAGGGCAAAUUCAAGGUCAGCAACAUCGACCCCAGCCUCUGUACCCAUCUUAUCUACUCAUUCGCCCAGAUCACCAACAACCAGCUGGCUACUUACGAGUGGAAUGAUGAACAGUUAUACCAGGAAUUUAACGCCCUCAAACAACAGAACCCGAGUCUGAAAACUCUGCUGGCUGUGGGAGGAUGGAACCAGGCUAGCACACACUUCUCACCAAUGGUGUCGAAUCCAGCGUCCAGGGCGAAAUUCGUCUCGACCUCUGUUACCUUCCUCCGGAAAUACGGCUUCGACGGCCUUGACCUGGACUGGGAGUAUCCGGGCAGCAGAGGAGGAAAAACCUCUGACAAGGCUAACUUCGGCCUUUUAUGUAAGGAGUUACAUCAGGCCUAUGAAGAUGAAGCAAAACAAACCGGAAAUAAGCGUCUCCUAGUAACAGCCGCUGUGGCUGCCGGGAAGUCCUACAUUGAUCCUGCUUACGAUGUUCCCGCAAUGGCCAUGUACUUGGACUUUAUCAGCAUCAUGACCUAUGACCUCCAUGGUAGUUGGGAUGAUGUAACGGGCCACAACAGUCCGCUGUUUUCUCGGAAUUCCGAGACGGAGGAACAGAAACAACUAAACAUGGACUGGGCGUCCAACUACUGGAGAGAGCUAGGAGCUCCAAAGGAAAAACUCAACAUAGGUCUGGCAUCUUACGGACGAGGCUUCACACUGAAGGAUGAGGCUGACCAUUGUAUGGGGGCACCAGUCAGCGGUCCGAGCCCGGCUGGGACUUACACACGGGAGGCGGGAUACCUGUCUUACUACGAAAUCUGUACAAUGAUGGCCUCUGGGGGAAAUACAUACCGUGAUAGCCAACAUCUCGUACCUGUCUACGUCAACGGCAAGACAUGGAUCGGUUAUGACGAUGAAAAGAGCCUUUCCAUAAAGGUGGCGUGGCUGGUACAGGAAGGUUAUGGCGGCGCCAUGGUAUGGGCACUUCCUCUGGAUGACUUCAACCGGGUCUGUGCCACGUCUAGCCGGAAGUUCCCAUUGACUAACAAAAUUAAAGACGAACUUAUUGCUGCUGAGAGCGGUAUCAUUCCAACAACUGUUGCCCCGGUAACUACAGUGUUGUCAACAACUGUUGCCCCAGUAACCACGGUGGCACCUACAACAGUACCGGUCUCUACGACAGGUCCCGUAACUACGGAAGUUGUUUUUACAGAUCUGUGCCGUGAUAAGGAUGAUGGAUAUUACCAAGACACAGCCCUUUGUGGCCGCUACUUCCGGUGUGUCGGUGGCCAGGAAUUCCGCGACGCCCAGUGGUGUGCAGUUACCACUGUGCCCCCUGUAACGAUAGGCCCGGUCACCACGACACCACCAGUAACAGUGGGUCCCACUGCGGCACCCGGAGAAUUCUGUGAUAACCAUCCAGCCGGAGAUUAUUCACACCCAACCGAUUGUUCCAAGUUCAUUCAAUGUGCCAACGGAAACACCUACGUACUGUCAUGUUCCGCGGGAACCCUGUAUGAUGCGGACAAGAACACCUGUGUCUGGGCUCACGAGGCCAAUUGCUAGUCCCGGGGACCAUUCCAGGGAGGAAAUAUUUUAAAGACAUCGUAGUAACUGGACAUAUAUUUCUACUAUAGGUCUUGGUGAUAGAUCUAUAUACAUAUUUGAUCUGUCUUUUGUUUCGUUUUUUAUCUUUGUUUUGAUUUGUUUUGUUUUGUUUUGGGUUUGUUUGGGGGGGGGGGGGGGGGGGGCAUUUUAUUAUUAUUAUUAUUAUCUAUUUGACUAGUUUCUCUUGUAAGGUAUUUUAUCACGUUAAUGUAUUUGUGUAAUAUAAACAAGAAUUCUGCCA